AUGCGCACCUCCCACGGCGUUGCGCUCGCCCUGUCGGCCGGCCUUCAACUGGCCACCGCCGCUCCGGUCUGCACUCGGGACGACUCCGGCCUUUUCUGGGUCACCACCUACCCUGCCGAGGGUGCCGAGGCCGGUUCGGUCUAUACCCUGAAGCUCACCGAUUCGAAGCUCGAGCAAGUCGCCGAGUCCGAUGCCUGCGGCCCUUACCCCUCCUGGCUGACCCAGGCGGGUGAUGUCCUUUACUGUGUCAACGAGGCCUGGGGUGGGGAUCACGGUAACCUUACGGCGCUCCAGAUCGGCACCGACAACAGCCUCACGAAGCUCAGCGGCAGCGAGACCGUUGGCGGCCCCGUGAACAUUGCUAUCUAUGGCAAAGGCAACGCCCUGGCCGUUGCGGAUUACGCUGGUGGCGGUGUCGACGCCUUUGAUAUUACCGACACUAAGGCCAUUAAGCUGAUCCACUCUGAGGUAUACGCGCUGCCCGGCGAUGACCUGCCCAACCCGCAGGACUCGGCGCGCCCUCACGAGGCUCUUCUUGACCCCACUGGCAAUUACAUCGUCCUUCCCGAUCUCGGUGCCGACCGCCUCCGUGUCCUGAAGCUGGACCAGACAACCCAGAAUUUUACCGAUCUUGCCCCCUACGAGUUCGAGCGUGGCACCGGUCCCCGCCAUGGCGCCUUCUACGUCGUUGGCGAUGUGACCUACUUUUACGUCGUCUGCGAGCUCUCCAACCUCCUCCAGGGCUUCAAGGUUACCUACCAAGAUGAGGGCCUCAAGUUCGACCGAUUCUGGAACUCCACUAGCCACGGUGAUCAGGAGCCUUUGCCCACGAACAUCACUGCUGCUGCUGAGCUCCACAUUGCUCCCAACAGCAACUUCCUCACCCUCUCGUCCCGCUACGAGAACGCGCUCACCUACACCGUCGCCAACGGCACCGAAGUGCCCUCGGACCCCCUCAUCACCUUCUCGAUCGACAAUGCCACUGGCGAGCUCUCUCUCGUCCAGAUCGCCCCCGCUGGUGGUGCCAACCCGCGCCACUUCUCCUUCAACGCCGACGGCUCGCGCGUUGCCUCCGCCCUGCAGAACGACGGCCGCGUUGUCAUCUUUGAGCGUGAUAUUACCACCGGCAAGAUCGGGAAGGUUGUGGCUGAGGCUGAUGUUGCUGGCUCGCCCAACUUCAUUGGCUUCAAGCAGUAG